ACCUUUUGGGUGUAUAUUACUUCUUUUCUUAAUGUGGGGUUUUAGUUAUAGGCUCCAUCAUACUGAAAAAGAGUCUGAAUUUACUGCAAACUGUGAAAGGCAGUGCAAUAUGUCAGAAUCUCAAAGGAGGCCAGCAGUGAUAGGCAUAAAAAAUGGCGAUGGAUAUAUUAAUGGUGCGCUUCCACUGAGGUCUCCAAUUGCUAGAUCGGAAGUUGCUGAGUUCUGUAAUACCCUCGGUGGAAAGCAGCCUAUUCAUAGUAUCUUAAUUGCAAACAAUGGAAUGGCUGCGGUCAAGUUUAUACGUAGUAUUAGGACGUGGGCUUAUGAGACAUUUGGCACAGAGAAGGCAAUAUUGUUGGUGGCAAUGGCUACACCUGAGGACAUGCGAAUAAAUGCGGAGCACAUUAGAAUAGCUGAUCAGUUUGUAGAAGUUCCUGGUGGGACAAAUAACAACAAUUAUGCCAAUGUGCAGCUCAUUGUUGAGAUGGCGGAGAUAACUCAUGUUGAUGCAGUUUGGCCUGGUUGGGGUCAUGCAUCAGAAAACCCUGAACUACCCGAUGCAUUGUGUGCAAAGGGGAUCGUAUUCCUUGGGCCACCUGCUACAUCAAUGGCAGCACUUGGGGACAAAGUAGGCUCAUCAUUGAUUGCUCAAGCUGCACAAGUACCAACUCUCCCAUGGAGUGGCUCCCACGUCAAAAUUCCUCCAGAGAGCUGCUUGAUCUCUAUACCAGAUGAAAUAUAUUCCAAAGCAUGUGUUUAUACAACAGAAGAAGCAAUUGCUAGUUGUCAAGAUGUAGGUUACCCGGCUAUGAUUAAAGCAUCCUGGGGAGGUGGCGGUAAAGGCAUAAGAAAGGUUCAUAAUGAUGAUGAAGUAAGAGCACUGUUCAAGCAAGUUCAGGGUGAAGUUCCUGGCUCCCCCAUAUUUAUAAUGAAAGUUGCUUCCCAGAGUCGACAUCUAGAAGUCCAGUUGCUUUGUGAUCAAUAUGGCAAUGUUGCAGCAUUGCACAGCCGUGAUUGCAGUGUUCAAAGGCGUCACCAAAAGAUUAUUGAAGAAGGGCCAAUAACAAUUGCUUCUCCAGAGACGGUGAAAAAACUUGAGCAGGCUGCUAGAAGACUGGCCAAAUCCGUGAAUUACGUUGGAGCUGCCACCGUUGAGUACCUUUAUAGUAUGGAUACGGGAGAGUACUACUUCUUAGAACUCAACCCACGGUUACAGGUGGAACACCCCGUAACUGAAUGGAUUGCAGAAAUGAAUCUGCCAGCAGCCCAAGUUGCUGUCGGAAUGGGGAUCCCAUUGUGGCAAAUUCCAGAAAUAAGGCGAUUCUACGGGAUGGAACAUGGUGGAGGAUAUGAUGCUUGGAGAAAAACAUCAAUUGUUGCCACACCGUUUGAUUUCGACAAGGCUGAAUCAACAAAGCCAAAAGGUCAUUGUGUGGCUGUUCGUGUUACAAGUGAGGAUCCUGAUGAUGGUUUUAAGCCUACCAGUGGUAAAGUACAGGAGCUGAGUUUUAAAAGCAAGCCGAAUGUGUGGGCCUACUUCUCUGUAAAGUCUGGUGGAGGCAUUCAUGAGUUUUCAGAUUCUCAGUUUGGACAUAUUUUUGCAUUUGGAGAAUCCAGAGCCCUAGCCAUUGCAAACAUGGUCCUCGGACUGAAGGAAAUUCAGAUACGUGGAGAAAUUCGCACAAAUGUUGAUUACACAAUUGAUCUAUUACAUGCCUCUGAUUAUAGAGAGAACAAAAUACACACAGGCUGGUUGGAUAGUAGAAUUGCUAUGAGGGUUAGAGCAGAAAGACCUCCCUGGUAUCUUUCUGUGGUUGGAGGAGCUCUUUAUAAAGCAUCUGCAAGUGGUGCGGCCUUGGUUUCUGAGUAUGUUGGUUAUCUUGAAAAAGGACAAAUCCCGCCCAAGCAUAUUUCUCUUGUGAACUCUCAAGUCUCACUAAAUAUUGAAGGGAGCAAGUACACUAUAAAUAUGGUGAAGGGAGGGCCAGGAAGCUAUAGGUUGAGAAUGAACGAAUCAGAGAUUGAAGCAGAAAUACAUACUCUGCGUGAUGGAGGACUACUGAUGCAGCUGAACGGAAAUAGUCAUGUUAUAUAUGCUGAGGAGGAAGUGGCUGGAACUCGUCUUCUUAUUGACGGAAGGACUUGCUUGCUGCAGAAUGAUCAUGAUCCAUCAAAGCUAGUGGCAGAGACACCGUGCAAACUUUUGAGAUAUUUGAUAUCUGAUGGCAGUCAUGUUGAUGCUGAUACACCUUAUGCAGAGGUUGAGGUUAUGAAGAUGUGCAUGCCCCUUCUUUCACCUGCUUCAGGAGUUAUCCAUUUUAAGAUGUCUGAUGGUCAAGCAAUGCAGGCUGGUGAGCUCAUAGCAUCUCUUGAUUUAGAUGACCCUUCAGCUGUUAGAAAAGCAGAGCCUUUUCGUGGAAGUUUUCCGCUUCUGGGACCUCCAACUGCAAUAUCUGGAAAAGUUCAUCAGAGGUGUGCUGCAAGUCAGAAUGCAGCAAGGAUGAUUCUUGCUGGAUAUGAGCAUAAUGUUGAUGAAGUGAUUCAAAACCUGCUAAGUUGCCUGGAUAGUCCUGAGCUUCCCUUCCUGCAGUGGCAAGAGUGCUUAGCAGUGCUGGCAACACGACUUCCUAAGGACCUGAGGAAUGAGUUGGAAGCAAAAUAUAAGGAGUAUGAGGGCAUUUUCAGCUUGCAAAAUGUUGAAUUUCCAGCCAGAAUUCUGAGAGGCGUUCUUGAAGCACACUUAAGGUCCUGCUCCGAUAAAGAAAGAGGAGCUCAAGAAAGAUUAGUUGAACCUUUAUUGAGUGUUGUCAAGUCCUACGAGGGUGGAAGAGAGAGUCAUGCCCGUGGAAUUGUCCACUCCCUUUUUGAAGAGUAUCUAUCUGUUGAAGAAUUGUUCAGUGACAACAUCCAGGCUGAUGUAAUUGAACGCCUCCGACUUCAAUACACAAAAGAUCUCCUGAAGGUUGUUGACAUUGUGCUUUCUCAUCAGGGUGUUAGGCGUAAAAAUAAGCUUAUACUUAGUCUGAUGGAGCAGUUGGUAUAUCCAAAUCCGGCAGCAUACAGGGACAAACUUAUCCGUUUUUCAGCACUCAACCAUACGAAUUAUUCUGAGUUGGCACUGAAGGCAAGUCAACUUCUAGAGCAAACUAAACUGAGUGAACUACGUUCAAGCAUUGCCAGAAGUCUUUCUGAGUUAGAGAUGUUCACUGAAGAAGGUGACAAUAUGGAUACACCUAAGCGGAAAAGUGCCAUCAACGAAAGAAUGGAAGUUCUAGUAAGUGCUCCGUUAGCUGUCGAAGAUGCACUUGUAGGUCUUUUUGAUCACAGUGAUCACACCCUUCAGAGGAGGGUUGUGGAGACUUAUGUUCGAAGACUAUAUCAGCCCUACCUUGUUAAGGAGAGUGUGAGGAUGCAGUGGCACAGAUCUGGGCUAAUAGCUACAUGGGAGUUCUUAGAAGAACAUGUGGAGAGAAAGAAUGGGUCUGAAGACAAUAAGAUGGAUAAACCAUUAGUUGAAAAACGCAGCGAAAGAAAAUGGGGAGCCAUGGUAAUAAUCAAAUCUCUCCAACUCUUGCCGUCAGUAUUAACUGCUGCAUUGAGGGAAACAGCACACAACUUGCACAAAGAGAUGUCAAAUGGAUCGGUUCGACCAACCAAUCAUGGCAACAUGCUGCAUAUUGCAUUGGUGGGCAUCAACAAUCAAAUGAGUUUGCUUCAGGAUAGUGGCGAUGAAGAUCAGGCUCAAGAAAGGAUCAACAAGUUAGCUAAAAUAUUAAGAGAGAAAGAUGUGAGCACCAGCCUUAAAAGUGCAGGUGUUGGGGUUAUCAGCUGCAUCAUACAGAGAGAUGAAGGCCGAGGUCCAAUGAGGCACUCCUUUCACUGGUCACUUGUGAAGCUGUAUUAUGAGGAGGAGCCUCUGUUGCGUCAUCUGGAGCCUCCGCUAUCCAUUUACCUUGAAUUGGACAAGCUUAAGGGCUAUGAUAAUAUAAAGUACACUCCAUCCCGGGACCGUCAAUGGCAUCUUUAUUCUGUUGUAGACAAGCCACGUCCAAUCCGGAGAAUGUUUCUCAGAACACUUGUAAGACAACCCACAUCAGAUGAAGGUCUACUAGCAUAUCAAGGAUUGUAUCGGGGAACCGCUCCAUCUCCUUUGGCUUUGUCUUUUACUUCAAGGAGCAUCUUGAGGUCCUUAACAUCUGCCCUGGAGGAGCUUGAACUUAAUCUCCAUAGCACAACGUUAAAAUCUGACCAUGCUCAUAUGUACUUGUACAUUUUGCGCGAGCAACAGAUAGAUGAUCUAUUUCCCUAUCAUAAGAGGGCAGACCUAAACAAUGAGCACGAAGAAGGUGCUGUUCAGAAACUCUUGAAAGAGUUGGCUUGUGAAAUUAAUACAUCUGUCGGUGUUAGGAUGCAUAGGUUAGGUGUAUGUGAGUGGGAAGUGAAACUCUGGAUAUCAUCUGCAGGAGAAGCCAAUGGUGCUUGGAGGGUUGUGGUUGCAAAUGUGACAGGGCACACCUGCAUUGUGCAUAUCUAUCGGGAAGUUGAGAAUGUGUCUGAACAAAGAGCUGUCUAUCAUUCAGCCUCCCGGGAUGGUCCUUUACAUGGUGUACCUGUUACUGCACCUUAUCCACCAUUAGGGGUGCUUGACCAGAAACGGCUUUUGGCCCGGAAGAGUAACACCACUUACUGCUACGAUUUCCCACUGGCCUUUGAAGCCGCGUUGGAGAAGUCUUGGGCCACUGAGGCUCCACUAAUAGAGAGGCCUAAGGGUAAGAUCCUCUUGAAAGCCACAGAGUUAGCUUUUCCUGACCAAAAAGGUAGUUGGGGUACUCUUCUUGUCCCUGUGGAGCGUCAGCCUGGCCACAAUGACGUCGGUAUGGUGGCAUGGGCUAUAGAAAUGUCUACUCCUGAGUUCCCAACAGGAAGGAAAAUUAUUAUUGUAGCAAAUGACGUGACUUUCAGAAAUGGAUCUUUUGGUCCAAGAGAGGAUGCGUUUUUCCAAGCUAUGACUGAUGUUGCUUGCACCCAGAAGUUGCCACUUAUUUAUUUGGCAGCAAAUUCAGGGGCUCGUAUUGGUGCUGCAGAGGAGGUCAAAUCUUGCUUUAGAGUUGGGUGGUCAGAUGAAUUGAGCCCUGAGCGGGGUUUUCAGUAUGUUUACUUGACUCCUGAGGAUCAUGAACGAAUGAAAUCUUCUGUCAUUGCUCAUGAACUGAAGUUGUCAGAUGGAGAGAUCCGAUGGGUUAUAGAUACUAUAAUAGGAAAAGAGGAUGGCCUCGGAGUUGAGAACUUAAGUGGUAGUGGAGCCAUUGCCAGUGCAUAUUCGCGGGCAUACCAUGAAACAUUUACCUUGACAUACGUAACUGGCAGAACUGUGGGCAUAGGUGCUUAUCUUGCUCGUCUUGGCAUGCGGUGUAUACAGAGGCUCGAUCAGCCUAUAAUUCUGACUGGUUAUUCUGCACUUAACAAACUUUUGGGUCGAGAAGUCUACAGCUCGCACAUGCAACUUGGUGGACCUAAAAUCAUGGCAACUAAUGGUGUUGUUCAUCUGACUGUCUCAGAUGACCUUGAGGGGGUGUCUGCGAUCUUGAAGUGGUUGAGCUUUGUUCCCCCAUACUCUGGUGGUCCACUUCCUAUUUUGACUCCCUUGGAUCCUCCAGAGAGACCUAUUGAGUAUUUCCCUGAGACGACAUGCGAUCCAAGAGCAGCUAUCUCUGGCUUUACAGAUCCAAGUGGAAAGUGGUUAGGUGGCGUUUUCGACAGGGAUAGCUUCGUUGAGACACUGGAAGGCUGGGCAAGAACCGUUGUAACAGGACGGGCAAAACUUGGAGGAAUCCCUGUAGGAAUAGUUGCUGUUGAGACCCAAACUAUGAUGCAAGUAAUCCCUGCCGACCCUGGACAGCUUGAUUCUCAUGAAAGGGUUGUCCCUCAAGCAGGGCAAGUAUGGUUUCCUGACUCCGCAACGAAGACAGCUCAAGCACUGAUGGAUUUCAAUAGGGAGGAGCUACCUCUUUUCAUUCUUGCCAACUGGAGGGGAUUUUCAGGUGGACAAAGGGACCUUUUUGAAGGUAUCCUCCAGGCUGGAUCAACCAUUGUUGAGAACCUUAGAACAUACAAACAGCCUGUUUUCGUCUACAUUCCUAUGAUGGGUGAGCUCCGUGGUGGGGCAUGGGUGGUUGUGGAUAGUAAGAUCAAUUCAGACCAUAUUGAAAUGUAUGCUGAACGAACAGCUAGAGGAAAUGUCCUUGAGCCUGAAGGUAUGAUUGAGAUCAAAUUCCGGGCAAAAGAAUUGCUUGAGUGCAUGGGUAGGCUUGAUCAACAGCUUAUCGAUCUCAAGUCAAAGCUUCAGGAAGCCAAGACUGCUAGGGUAUAUGCUAAUAUUGAAACCAUACAGCAGCAAAUAAAAACACGUGAGAAGCAGCUUUUGCCAGUAUACACUCAAAUAGCAACCAAGUUUGCGGAACUGCACGAUACUUCAUUUAGAAUGGCUGCAAAGGGGGUAGUCAGGGAAGUGGUAAAUUGGGAAACUUCUCGUUCGUUCUUCUACAGGCGAUUGUUCAGAAGGGUUGAGGAGGAGACACUGAUCAAAACUGUGAGGGAUGCUGCCGGUGACCAGCUUUCUCACAAAUCUGCAAUGGACAUGGUGAAAAGGUGGUUUCUGGAUUCAAAAGAAGGCAGAGAAGAUGCUUGGGCAGAUGACGACGCUUUCUUCUCAUGGAAGAACGACCCUAAUAACUACGAGGAAAGCCUACAACAGUUGCGAGUACAAAAGGUGUUACUUCAACUAUCCAAGAUUGGUGAUUCAACAUUGGAUUUACGUGCUCUACCACAGGGUCUUGCUGCUCUCCUACAAAAGGUUGAGCCAGCAAACAGAGAGCAGUUGAUCAAUGAUCUGAGAAAGGUGCUUAAUUAAUCAACCAGUGUGUAGCUCGACGCCACUUGUUCCUGCUCUUUGGACCAUAUGUGCUGAACCUGAAAUCUGCUAAGGCAGCCAGCACUCGACCUGUACUGCGAAGUGACGGUUCUCUAAUGAAUAAAUAUGCUUUCAACGAAGCGCUGGAGAUGCUUUGCAGGUCAUUGGUUCAACUUUGUGUAGUAGAAUGUAGAUAUUAGAAUCCUCAAGAGUGAUGUAGAUUACAGCAUUCAAUUGUUUGAGCUAAAAGAUGUACGGCUUAGCAGGUUCCUUAUUGAAAUUCCUGCAGGCCUGAUUAUCAUAUAAUGUAUAUCUUUAUUGCUCCCUUUGUAUAAGAAUCAGUUAGCAGAAUGCCCAAAUAAAAUAUGAGGCUCCUGUAAUUCAUUCUUGAAUGUAGUUAGCAAUUGACCUCGUGA